UGUUCAAAAGGCGGCGGAUGCGUUUAGUUACAGUGGGAAGCAAAGACGGAAGUCAUGACAUGUGAACGUGGCGAUUUAAUUACAAUUUCAUUCUAAUUAUUAUUAUUAUUUUCGGGUAUGAAAUAUGGAGAGUAAACUGGCAGAAUUCAGAGCCCGAAAGAAAGCCCAGACUGAAGCGAAGAAACCUGCCGAUUCAGAGAUCGAGAGCGAGAUGAAAGUCACAGGCGAUCAUUCUCCAGCUGUGUCUGAUGACAAACCAGAGCUGAAGCCCAUCAUCACCUGCCCUCAAACACCACACACAGAGGUUGGAAGUGCCAGUGACGGCUUGCUGGACAGGACUUCUGGUCAUUGGUUUCAGCGUUUGGCUCUUACCCAUCUUACCCUAUUUAAAGUACUGCUAUGGCUGGUACUGCUGGGUCUUUUUUCAGAACUUGAGUUUGGCCUACCAUUUUUCCUCAUAUCUUUAUUCUACUGGCUCUAUGAGGGUCUUCGAAGCCCAAAGGCACGACAACCCGGUGAAAUGAGUGCCUACUCUGUGUUUAACCCUGACUGUCAGCCUAUCCUGGGAACUUUGACUGCCGAACAGCUGGAGGGAGAGAUGGGAUUCAGGCCGAUGGCCAACAGAUAACUGAACAUGUACUGUAUGAAAGGCUAGGCCGUAAUGCAGGACAUACCUUAGUGCUGCCACAAUAUUUGGAUUAGUGGUCAACCGAAAUGUGUCUUUCAAUGGCUUAUUCUUAAAUUAUACAAUUUGGUUACUUUACUAAAGUGAAAUGUAAGGGAAUCAGUGUGAAUGCUGUUGUUGGAUAAUAAAUGAUGUAUAUGUCAAAAACUUCGACAUAUUU